UGCAAUCCAUUUCCAUCCUUUUUCCUUACCAAUCCAUUGCACACCUUUCACCUCUGAACUUUUGUUCAUGUGAAAUCGUACAUGAGUCGCUAAGCUGCCUCUUCAAAGAAUGGGUUAACUAGUCUCGGGUUUCAAGUUUAAUUGAAUUUAUUUAUGUACAAAUAACCUUUUAAAUGAAAUUUGUUUUUAAAUUAAACAAUUUGUUUGAUUUAAAAUACUUCGAAAGUACAGCCAGUUAACACAUUCCAAUGAGGUCUUCCUCUCCUUUCGUUCCGCUGGUUUGUUCAUAAGAAUUAUCUUAUGUUCAAAUCAGAACGCUACCAAACAAAUAUUAACCGUGCUUAAUAUUUGCAGAAAAGUGAUAUAGAAAUAUUUACCAAAGUAUAUUUUUGAUGUGAAAUUAUCAAUUAAAUUCCGUCGAAGUACAAAAUAUAUACGCAGUGUUGAAAGUGAUUAGUGUUAAAAGUGAAAUUAAAAAAUGUGUUAAACUUUAAAGACUUAAAAUGACAUUACGGAAAACAAUUAGUGACGUCAAACGGUUUUGUGUGAAACGUGUCAAAAGCAAAACGAUAUGGGAUGAGUCACAGUGAAAAAUGUUACAGCGAAACCACUAUCCAGUACCAAGAUGAUGCGCGACAUUCAAGAUGCCGCAGCAGGCGCAGGCGGCGCGAUGGAGGAAAACGAGGGAGGAGGGAGUGGGGUUGCCGAGGGAGAUAUGGACGAUUGCGGCUCUCUUUCACUUCCCCCAGACCUUCCACCGUAUUCAGGCGAUUAUAUCAUCAGUGAUUACAUGGAACGCCUCGGUACGAGACUUAAUAUACUCGAAACAGAACUUAAAUACGCUUGGCGAGCUCUGGACCUGCUCAGCCAAGAAUAUGUUAGAAUGUGGGAAAGAUUGGAAAGAUUAGAAGCACUACUAGCAGAUCAACAGGGUGUAAUUUCGACUUUACUGGAUUUUUAUACGUGUCGUACGGUGACAUCUAGAGAUUCGAUGACGAGGCUAGAAGUUAUAAGAGAAAUACUAGGAAACGGUUCCGUUGAAGAUGGCAUAGAAGAGGGCUUGGAUGUGGGGCGUUCUGUAUUGAUAAAUCCUCAAGAUGAAGUCAUGGAAUCUGAUGAGGCGUUUUAUAAAAGCUUAAAUCAAGCUUAUAGGGACGACCUAGUUUGUGAAGAAAGUUCCUUGCCGAAUUCGCAGCUUGGCAUGAUCUGGGAGGCGCCCGAAGAACCCGAUAUGGAACUAAUGCCACCUUCAUCCCGACAAGUAUAUAGCGCAAGCGACUACAAAGAUUACUGUGGUUUACAAGGUGGACCCAGUAUUAGUGAAAGAGAUUUGGUACAUCUGUCUACUUUAAGUACAAUAGAUCAAAUCACUGUAGAUAAAUUACAUGAAUUAGAUAGAUUGACAAACCAAUUACACAAAGAUUCGAGAGAGUUAAAAGACUUGAAAACUAGACUUCUUAGUCCUAACACAAAAAUGGCAUCUAAUCGGGAUAGAGAAAUUGAAGCGCAAGCAUUGGCUGAAGAUGGAAACAUAAUAAACGAGCAAUUAAAAAGUGUUUACUCUGGCGGAGACAACUGGGGUAUAAACGAGAUGAUGAAAAGUUUUGAUGACUUCGUUUUGAAUGUACCCAAGGAGUCACUUCCAAGAGAUAAGUCUCCUUCAAGAUUAUCUUUAACUGAGAACACAACGCCAGAAAGAAAAUUAGAUUAUUUACCAGCAAAUAUAUCACCCAGACGAAAAUUUGUACCAGAAAGAACGACUACAGAACCAUAUACUACUGUAACAGGGCGUUUAGCUUAUAGUUCAGCUGUCGCUAAUGCGGAAAUAAAUGCUGCAAAGUCAAAUAAAUCUCCUAGCGCGUUGUCAAGGGAACGUUUCGAUUAUAGUUCAAAUUAUCAACUACAAGACACUACCCGACAAAAUUACUAUUCAUCUAAAACAUCUCAAACAUUUGAAGAUGUAUACAAAUCUUCUUCUAGUCAACAUUCACCACUUUCUGUUCAUGAUAUAUAUGCAGAACCUAUUGACAGUUUAAAUUAUGAUGAAUCUCGAUUGAAUAAAUCACCAAGUCCUCCGCCACCAGCUCCUCCAAAUGGAGUUGAAUUAUUUUCUUCUAUUGAAAACCACGGUGAGAUACCUUUAAGACAAGCGAUGUUAUCAACAGGAUCAAUUCCCAUGGAUUCUUUACGUUUAAGCCCUCGGUCUCCGAAAUCUCCAAAAACCUCUCCUAAACUCUUAAAAAGAGAUUCAACUAAUAUCGUAGCAGCGAAAUCAGAUUCUGGACUGUCAUCUAUGAGUGGUUGGUCCAGUCUUGAAAAAAGCCCUGGAUCACCAAAGACAUCGAGAACUUCACAUAGCAAUUACGAAUCUCAAAAAUUAAAAAUGGUCUCUCCCCAAGCUAUUCAAAAAGCUUAUGAAGUUGACCCAAAGCCAUAUUUAGAAACGUUAGUUGAUUCCUAUGCAUUUGAAGCACAAGGUGGAAAAAUCAACUACAAUUUUCUAAAGGAAGGAAACGAUAUUUCGGAAUCUAAAGAUCUAAGUAGGUUACAAGACAAAAUAGAUGCUGGAUUCCUAAAACCUGAUAUGUCAUACUCAAAUCAAGCUAUAACCAAUAUGAGUGAAUACUACUACGGAAACGAAGCGCCAUCAAUUUAUUCGGUAGCAGGAAACAGACAACCUAUUUUUACUACAGUGUAUAGUACUCCAAGAGGUAUGUUGGGAGAAGAAAGCAAUUUUGCAGAGAUAUUGGACGGAAAUGAAAUUUCUCAGACAAUGUCUAAAUCAGCAAUUGAAUCUUAUCCGCCUGAACCUAGCUAUCACGCACAAACAGUUGUCUUAUCUGCAGCAAGUGCUGGUAAAAAGCCUUUAAUUAGAGCUAACACAAUUGGUCCAAAUGACCCCCAUUUUUAUCAAAACGGUUAUAAAGUUACGAAUCAUCGUACUGGCUACCCACCAGGAAGUCUAACUGAUGCCUUAUCCUAUUAUCCUACCUCGAGUCGGUAUGAUUCUCCAAAAAGAGUGUCUCUAGAAGACCAAUUGUCAUGGCAAGGUGGUGGUAGUCGAUCUCCGACUAGUUCGAUAGAAACAGCUAGUCUGAAGUCUAGAUCAUUAAGCAUCAGUGAAAGAAAACACUUUCAGAAUCAACUGCAACAAGAGUAUUUUAAACAGCAGCAAUAUGAUGAGCGUAAUGGUAAUGUAAUUCGAGAAGUUCAAGAAUAUAAAACACCAGAUGCGGAUCACACUUCUUUAAGAAAGGAGCAAUUUGUUGAUUCAAGUGGGAUUUUAGUUUCCGAGUCGGGAUAUUUAUCAAUUUCUUCAAAUCUCAAACUAAAAAGUCAGGACAAGUCAUCAAAAAAACCUAAAAGAGCUUCAUCGUUACGAUCUGCAAUGUCUUCAAUGAGCCAGUGGUUGCCUGAUUUACAUUUGCCAAAAAAACAUAGAUCGCACUCCUUGCCAUCUGGUGUAGAUAACAUGGAACAACCACAACCGGAGAAAUCUCUUAAAGAGAGAAUUUUAUCGGCACAGAGAAGAAAAAAAAAGUAUCAUUUGGUUGCAUCGAUGUCAGGCUUACUUCAAAAAGCCAGACGAAAACAACAAACCAGUCAUCAAUCUUUAUCGGAUCCUGAAACAUCAGAAACAGAAUGGUCUGGAGGAAGAUCGAGUGCUCAAUCGGAAGAUAGUGACAGUGUCUUUUCUGAUUCAACACAUGAAGGUAACGUCUUUGCUAAAGUCCCGACAAAACAAAAACAAAGAAAAUCUAAUAACCAAGAAAUUGUAGAACAGCAGCAAAUGAUUCAGGAAUUGCAACAAAAAGAAGAGUUUAAUGAAGAAAACAUUGAAAGUGUAAUAGAGGAAAAUGAGAAAUAUGUUACGAAUGCUGUCUUACCACGUGAUAAGAGUGAUGACAUUGACUUCCACUUUGCAAGAGUGAGCCAAAUGAAAAAAGACAAUAUAUCUGAAAUUGAAAAACUAGAUAUUGAUACAGAUAUUUCAAACGUAGAUCCAUUUGAAGAUGUAGAAAAAACAGAUAAUCAAUCUCCAACCUCGAUAUUUGCGACUAUUGGAGAUGUUAAAAAAGCUUCUUCUACCACCGAUGAAGACGGUAACGAAAAUAAUAAACCGUACAAUGGAGCUUCUCAGGAAUUUGCAGUAUCACGUGCAUUAGGAAAAUAUCGCCUGCGCAAAUCAACGUCAAUUUCCGAUGAACAAAUAAGUGACAAGUCUCCACCCAAAAUAGACACGAGUUCUCAGGACGAAGGAAAUCAGGAAUCACCCAUUCAAAAUGAUAGGGAUAAGAAACCUGGUAAGCUUAACGCUCCAGAAAUUAUUAAUAACACCUCACAAGAAGAAUUAGUCUCUUACCCUGAACGUAGUCCUUCUAUGCAUAGUGGUCGAGUUUUAUUUAGUAAGUUUUCUACACGUCAUCAGCAAAGUUUGGAUAUUCCUAACAAGCAUGAUGAUGACGAUAGUCGAAGCACUCAUUCUUGGAGAAGUGGUUCUCGUGUUUCAUCUAGAAGGCAAAGUACUGAAGACAGUAUUGAUUCUGAAGAUGAAUGGUAUUGCUACGAGUUGAGAAAACUAGAGGAGAUGGAGAAUCAAUCUCAACAAGAAACGGACAAAGAAAGAACAUUAAUGGAAGAACCAGAAACUAAAGAGAAAUAUCCCGAAGAAACAAAAGAAAUUCUUAAAGAAAAGAUGUCAUUUGUGCUACAAGAAUUGCAACUUAAAACAGCAACUAUUAAAACAAAAUAUGACGAACUUCCAACUAAGGAAUCAUGGAAAGACGUUACAACGUUUCCGGUCAUGGAAGAACAUGAUUCGGAAGAAGGUGAUAAAGAAUACGAGGAAGAUAAAUCUUAUGACUCUGGAUCUGGUGAAACAUCGGGACCAGACAGUCCAGUGCAGAGUGGAGAUGAGUUUGACGAUGAUUAUGAUAUGCCUCAAAUACACGAAGAACCUCAGCGAGUGCAAGAGCCAGCGCCGCAACAAGAACCGCAAGUUGGAAGUAAAUGGAAAUUGUUAAAGGCACUCAAGGAUAGGAAAGCUGAAGAAAAAACUACCGAAACUCCAGUUGCGACUACGCCCUCUACAGAAAAGGACAAAAAUGGUUCCGGCGGAUUCAACGAGCAAGGUGGUCGAGGAAAUGGACAUCCCGGAGAUAACCCGUUCUAUAGCAACAUCGACAGCAUGCCCGAUAUACGACCGAGAAGAAAAUCUAUACCACUCGUCUCUGAACUUGUUCUCAAGACAAUGGCAGCUACUAAGAGGAAUGCAGGUCUGACAUCAGCUGUACACAGAGCAACCUUGAAUGAUGAAGAAUUGAAAAUGCAUGUAUACAAGAAGACGCUGCAAGCUCUCAUCUAUCCCAUUUCAUCGACGACGCCUCAUAACUUUGUUCUAUGGACUGCCACCUCACCUACAUAUUGCUAUGAAUGCGAAGGUUUGCUCUGGGGUAUCGCGCGGCAAGGAGUAAGGUGUACUGAAUGCGGGGUUAAAUGCCACGAGAAAUGCAAGGAUCUCCUCAAUGCUGAUUGUCUACAGAGGGCUGCUGAGAAGUCGUCCAAACACGGCGCGGAGGACAAAGCCAACUCGAUCAUAACCGCCAUGAAGGAGAGAAUGAAACAAAGGGAACGGGACAAACCUGAGAUUUUCGAAUUAAUCAGACGCGUGUUCAGCAUCGAAGGGGAGGGGCAUUCGGCACACAUGAGCACGGUGAAGCAGUCGGUACUCGAUGGAACGUCCAAGUGGAGCGCCAAGAUCGCUAUCACAGUGAUUUGUGCUCAAGGGCUCAUCGCAAAAGACAAGAGCGGCACCUCCGACCCUUACGUAACUGUUCAAGUCAGCAAAGUUAAGAAGAGAACGAGAACAAUGCCACAAGAAUUAAAUCCAGUUUGGAAUGAAAAGUUUUAUUUUGAAUGCCACAAUUCCUCGGAUCGCAUCAAAGUGAGAGUAUGGGACGAAGACAACGACCUCAAAUCCAAACUACGACAGAAAUUGACAAGAGAGUCCGACGAUUUCUUGGGACAGACUAUCAUUGAGGUUCGAACACUAUCAGGAGAAAUGGACGUCUGGUACAACUUAGAGAAGAGGACAGAUAAAUCAGCGGUAUCAGGAGCCAUCAGGUUACAUAUCAACGUGGAGAUUAAAGGAGAAGAGAAGGUAGCCCCGUACCAUGUCCAGUAUACCUGUCUACACGAGAAUUUGUUUCAUUAUCUGUGCGAAGAGAAUGGCGGUGCGGUCACAUUGCCAGCGGCUAGAGGGGAUGAUGCAUGGAAAAUAUACUUCAAUGAAAUACCAGAAGAGAUCGUGGAUGAAUUCGCCAUGAGAUACGGCAUAGAGGCUAUUUAUCAAGCCAUGACGCACUUCCAUUGUCUGUCGACGAAGUACCUGUGCGCGGGUGUACCAGCUGUCAUGUCUACACUUCUGGCCAACAUCAAUGCGUACUACGCUCACACGACUGCCUCAUCAGCGGUCUCUGCAUCGGAUAGAUUUGCCGCAUCUAACUUUGGGAAAGAGAAGUUCGUAAAACUACUGGAUCAGCUGCACAACUCGCUACGUAUCGAUCUGUCGAUGUACCGAAAUAACUUCCCUGCCUCCAGCGCUGAGAAACUGAUGGACCUCAAGUCCACUGUUGACCUGCUCACCAGUAUUACGUUCUUCAGGAUGAAGGUUCAAGAACUAAGUAGCCCACCUCGUGCGAGUACAGUCGUCAAGGAUUGCGUCAAAGCGUGCCUCAGAUCAACUUACCAGUUUCUCUUCGAAAACUGCUACGAAUUGUACAAUAGAGAGUUUCAGGUGGACCCUAACGAAGCUAAACGAGACCCAUCUGAUCACGGACCUCAGCUGGACUCGGUAGACUUUUGGCACAAGUUGAUAGCACUGAUAGUGUCAGUCAUAGAGGAAGAUAGAAACAGCUACGCCCCCGUCCUUAAUCAGUUCCCACAAGAGUUAAACAUUGGUCAGCUAUCGGCAGCAACGAUGUGGUCUCUCUUCGCAGUGGACAUGAAGUACGCUUUAGAGGAGCACGAACAGCACAGGCUCUGCAAGUCUUCCGCUUAUAUGAAUCUACACUUCAAGGUGAAAUGGCUGCACACAAACUACGUGAAGGAUGUGCCCCCAUACUGUGGUGCGGUGCCCGAGUACCCGGCCUGGUUCGAGCCCUUCGUGAUGCAGUGGCUCAACGAGAACGAUGACGUAUCGCUCGAGUAUCUCAAUGGUGCUUUCAACAGAGACAAGAGAGACGGGUUCCAAAAGUCCAGCGAGCAUGCAUUGUUCAGCAACUCCGUGGUAGAUGUCUUCACACAGCUAACACAAUGCUUCGACGUGGUCUCCAAGCUGGAGUGUCCCGACCCUGAGAUCUGGAAGCGGUAUAUGAAGAGAUUCGCCAAAACCAUCGUCAAAGUGCUCGUCGCCUACGCUGAUAUAGUAAAGAAGGAAUUCCCUGAACAUCUAAAGGAGGAGAGAGUGGCAUGUAUUCUGAUGAAUAACAUCCAACAACUGAGGGUACAACUGGAGAAGAUGUUCGAGGCGAUGGGGGGCACCAAGUUAGAGCGCGACGCCGCCGACAUCCUGCACGACCUGCAGCAGAGCCUCAACACCACGCUCGAUGAACUCGCCUCAAUGUUCGCUAACAGCUUGGAGAUCCGUAUAACGGCCAGCGUGAAGGAGCUGGGCGAGCUACUUCAGAAGGUAGGCGGAGGCGCGGCGCCGGGACAACCGCAGCCGCCUGCACACCACGAAGCAGAUGAAGUUCUACGACCACUUAUGGACAUAUUGGAUGGGUCACUAACCAUGUAUGCAGAGUCGUGUGAGAAGACAGUACUUAAGCGAUUGCUCAAGGAAUUGUGGAAGAUAGUCAUGAAAAUACUUGAAAAGACUGUUGUGCUACCUCCUAUGACGGAUAAAACGAUGAUGUUGAAGAAUCUGACAAAUAACGCGAAGAAUUUGGCUGCGAACGCAAAGAUAGAAGACAUGACGCAACUGUUCAAGAGCACGGUCGGCAAACAGGACGUGAAGCAUGCGCUGUCCGGCGUCAUGGAUAUUUCUAAAGAGCAUUUGUCAGCUGAGAAGAGUUUAACACCGAAGCAAUGCGCAGUACUAGACGCGGCGUUGGACACCAUCAAGUUGUACUUCCACGCGGGCGGCAACGGCCUUAAGAAGACCUUCCUGGAAAAGAGUCCAGAAUUGCAAUCACUGAGAUACGCUCUCAGUCUGUACACGCAAACAACUGACACCUUAAUUAGAACGUUCGUUACCAGUCAGCAGAAUCAAGACGCUGCAGUGGCGGAGGAGGGCAGCGUGGGCGAGGUGUCGCUGCAGGUCGACCUCUUCACGCACCCUGGCACCGGCGAGCACAAGAUCACCGUCAAAGUGGUUGCCGCCAACGAUUUGAAGUGGGUGAUUGCCAGUGGCAUGUUCCGUCCAUUCAUUGAAGUCAACCUGAUCGGUCCCCACCUCGCGGAUAAGAAGAGAAAAUUCGCCACCAAGUCGAAAAGCAACAACUGGAGUCCCAAAUUCAAUGAGACUUUCCAUUUUAUGGUGAGCGCGACGGAGCAGCUGGAGUUGUUCGAGCUGCAUGUGUGUGUGCGGGACUACUGCUUCGCAAGAGAGGACCGCCUCGUGGGCCUUGCUGUCAUGAGAUUGGCGGACAUCGCUGAACAGGGUUCAUGUGCGUGCUGGUUGCCAUUGGGUACGAGAGUCAAAAUGGAUGAGACCGGGUGGACGAUACUAAGGAUUCUAUCGCAGAGGCACAGCGAUGAAGUGGCGAGAGAAUUCGUCAAGCUCAAGUCGGAAAUGAGGUCGGAGGCUCCAGCCGGCAGUCAGGCGCCUGCGUGAGAUCCACACACCGCUCUGGAUGCACGCGAGAACUUAAUUAAGAUUAUAAGGGACAAAGGAGCCAGUUGUGAUGUAGUUCCAGUUGACUUGAACGAUACGCGGCGGCUCGCGCGCGCUCUCUGCGAGGCAGUUCGCUGUACCAAAGCGCUCGACACUGAAGUGUAUCUUCCAAUAACUUCGGUAGUUUUCGGUCAGCAUUCGUUUUUUUAUUCUAUUUCGUAGACCGGAAUGAUUUUUUGUAAAUAAAUUAAUUUAAGUUUUGCGUAUAGUGAAGUAAUUUGCACAAAUUAUUUGUAUAUUUUUCAAUAGAAGCUGAUCGAUAACGGCCGGAAGCCAAUACUUCCGUUUAGGCAUUCAGCAAAAAUGGUUUAGAUUUUGUUAAAUACACAAUUAAUAACUUUUUAAAUAUUUCUAAUGUUGUUUAAUGGGAUUUUUGCAUAUUGUUGAAGACAGUUUUUACUGCAUGCCUAAAAUUAAUAAAGCCAUCGAGAACAUUCAAUUGAUUGUAUUGAUAUUUGUAUGGACCAAACUUUCGUAAAUAUGGAUGCAUUACCUAAUCCUUAAUGUUUAAUAUUAAAUCUGCAUAAUUAUUUAUCUAAUCAAUCAUCUAAUCGUUAAACUUGUACAGUAUUUUAUGGCCUUAUGUAAAUUAUUUUCUCCAUUUGUUGAAAAAUUCAUGCUUCCGUUAAGGAAUAUGUUAUAGGAGCAUUCAAAUUACGGUUGUGUGCAGCGCAGGAGAUUAACCGGUCUUCAUAUAAACUGCUUCAAAUAUACCCUCUAAUUAACAGGCUCGCUUGCCGAUUGUGCGUUUAAAUACCAUUCGGUCAUAUAUUCAAUAUAAUCCCAUCUCUUGUCCCGUUUUAUGUAAACUGUUUAAUAUUGCCUUGGUUACAAAAUUGUAAAUAAUCGACAAAAUUGUUGUUUAAAAGUUAUAGCACAUCUUUACCCUUACUUUAAUACGCUUGUCUUGUAAAAUGAUAUAUAAAUCUCCUAUGUCUUUUUGUAUAUUAUUGAAAAUUGUGAUAUUGUUAUAAAAAUAACAUAACUAUCGUGGAUGUAUGCGGGAAUAGUUUGGAACAAGUUCAUGCGUGUUUAUUGUUAAAGGCUUCGAUGUGUAGAUGUGGAGUCCGGUUGUAGCCGGAAUGAAGGAGUUAUCUGUCUCGUAUCAGUGCUCAAAUGCAUUUUGUUAUAAUCAGAUGUAGGAUAAAGAUUCUCAGUACGUGUUGAAUUUUGUUGACAAUCUCAAUUUGAGAUUUAUCUCACCAACCAGCCUUGCAUUCAGAAAUCACGUAGACUCUGGCACGUUGAAAUCUGACCUCGGAAAGUAUACGAUUUUUACGAUACUUUUGUCACUGACCAAAUCUGUUUUGAUAGUGUUUUAAGAUAUAGUAUUAAGAUGAAAAUCGCAAUACACCAACUCAAGUGAUUUAGCACAUGUUUAGAAAAGAACUGAUCGUCCAAUAAUUUAGUAGAAAAUGAAUUAAAUUAUAUUGUAGGUUGCGAACAUUAAAGAACCAGUUAAGUAGUUGAAAAUAGAUGUUGCAUUUAUUUGUUUAUAGAAUUUUAAUAUGAAAUGUUUAUUAAAGUGAGAUUAUAGAUUAAAAUGACAAAAUCGUUUAAGAUUGUCGCUCACCACACAUGUUACGUCCAGUUUACUAAGUGGUUCACUUGCCUUCAACGUUUGAACGACUUGUGGAUAUCGACGAAGGGACAUUUGAAUGUGUAAUGAGCGAUGACCUUAUAAAAGCGUUGUACAGAGUCUACGCGAUGCUGAAAGCGUAUCAGCACAUAACUUUACCCACACGGAAGUUAGAUUUUUAAAUAUUAGCAUUUAUCAUGGAUUACAUAUCUGUAGAUAGAGAAUGUGGUUUGUCUAGUCCAAAUCUCAAUAAUGUAUAUUUAAUAUUUAAUCUUCUCGUCUAUUGGAGUUUUUUUGAAUCGAAAUUUUUUUGUAACCGCGUUGACUGAAUCUAGUUUAGACGCAGUGGUUUCCUUUUAGUGUUUACGUUGGAUCAAACAUAGUUUUAAAGUUACAAUUAUUAUGUAAUUCUUUGUCCAUCGCAAUAAUUAAAGAGUUCAAAACUUUAAAUUCACGUGUGCUUAUUGGAUAACGUAUCGGUAUUUUAGGUGGGAAUUUCGAUGGAACAUGAUCGUUGACGGAUAGUAGAUCUUAAUUUCCGUCUAUUGGAAGGAAGGUUAGGUUUGUUCCGAAACAUCUCGUUUCAUUGAAGAUUAAUUCUUCAAUGUUUACAUUCACUUGUAUAUACUUACAAUCAGUAGGUACGUCCACUUCAUCAAGAAAGCAUAUUCUGAUGAUAUCUUGAUAUAUUUGUAUAAAGACGUUGUCUUUAGUAUUUAUUUCUUAGGUAUUACUAGACCUGUCCCCUUAGACAAAUUUAAUUUUUUAUUAGCGAUAUGGCUAUUAUAAUCGAAAAAAUGUAUAAGAAUGAAAACGUGACAAGCACGUGACUUAUCUAAUGUUAUUGUCAGUUAUAUAAAUUUUUGGCUUUUCGAUCAGCGAUAGUGAUAAUCGAAUGUUACUUUGUCUAAGGGGACAGGUCUCUAUGUAAAUAUAUCAAGAUUCGUGAGUGAAUAGAAGAAAAGCGCACAGUAUUCAUUCUAAUCUCAUCUUUAUGUUAAUAACAUUAAAAAAUAUUAUCACGUAAAUCUUUACCAUUCGACAAUACUUGGUAAAUACUUUUUAAGUGUAAAAUGUGAUGGAAUCAUCGCAUUCAUAUAGGCAUCUUUGUAAGUCUGUUGCGCUCCAGUUUUAGUAUUAAUAUUGUCACUAAACAUUGCAUAUAUCUUUGUAUAAAUGCAUAUAUGUAAAUGUUACAUGUUUAAACACAUUAUUGAAUUUAGAAUUUUUAUGAAAAAGUAAAUAAA